ACUACCGUAAGAUCGUUCGCCUAUUCUGAGAGGAAGAAGUGCCCCAUCACACUUUUGCUCUCCCUUCGGAACGGAACAUCCAUGCGGUGGUUCGAGGAGUUCCCGUCAACUUUUCGGAUACUAAGAUUAAGGGAGAACUGGAACAGAGGGGAUAUAGCCCUCUUCACAUCAUUGGAUUGAAGCGCUGCGGCGGCACGCCCAUGCCUUUGGUGGUCGUGAUACUGCCCAAGACUGAAAAGUCUCAGCAAGUGUUCAACGAACACGAACUGCUGGGACUGGCCAUUCGAGUUGAGGCUCAGAAGAACUCCAGACUCAUUGGGCAGUGUCACCGCUGCCAAAAACUACAAAAGAGACGCACUGAGGUUUCCUCAUGCACUCUGCAGAAACAGCAUGUGGCUACUUCUGCCAGAUCCAAGAGCGUCAUAUUGCGAUUUAGACGACAGUGUCCUCACAGGAGACCUACUAUGGCCCUUAUGGACUCCGUAUCAACGAGUAGGUCCUGUGCGAAUAUACUGGAGCAUUGGAAAACGCCGUUUCAACUGACCAAAGCAGCGUUCUAUGACACAACGUUCCUUCGCAUGGAUUAA